AUGUCUGGUGAGAACAAGAAAAAGCGACUUCUUGUGAUUGGAGCUGGUGCAUCUGGACUUCCUUCAAUUCGACAUGCUUUAUUUUAUGAAAAUGUUGAAGUUACUUGCUUUGAGAAAACUGAUGCGAUUGGAGGACUUUGGAAUUUCAAGCCACAUGAAACAGAAUGUAGGUUUACCCCUAGAUAAAAUCUAAAUUUGCUUUGUUUUGUAGUGGCAUCGGUUAUGAAAUCUACAGUAAUCAAUACAUCAAAAGAAAUGACUGCUUAUUCUGAUUUUCCGCCGGAAGAAAGAAUGGCCACGUAUAUGCAUAAUCGAGAAAUCAAUCGAUAUCUGAAUGACUAUGCAAAACAUUUUGAUCUGCUGAAAUAUAUUAAAUUCAAUCAUAGUGUUCAGAAGAUUACUAGAAAUCAUAAUUAUAAUGAAACUGGACAAUGGAAAGUUGAUUAUUUGGAUGAGUAAGUACUAUACUUCGACAUAGAUCUUUCGAAUUCUGUAACUUGUUGAUUUUUUUUAGUAAGAAUAAAAAUCAAAGUGAAGUUUUCGAUGGAAUUUUGUUAUGUUGUGGUCAUCACGCAAUUCCACAUAUUCCAAGUUGGCCAGGACAAGAUAAAUUCAAAGGUCGAAUAAUUCAUGCACAUAAUUAUAAAGAUCAUCGAGGAUAUGAAGAUAAAAAUGUAGUUGUUGUUGGAAUUGGAAAUUCUGGUGGAGAUUGUGCUGUUGAAUUAAGUCGAAUUGCAAAACAAGUUUAUUUGGUUACAAGAAGAGGAAGUUGGAUUUUUAAUCGAUUAUUUGAUGAAGGGAAACCAACGGAUUUAACUCUUAAAUCGUAAGCUUUCCUGUCAGUUUAGGCAAAUCAUAUAUUUUUUAAAAUAUUCCAGAAAGUGGCGCUUCUUUCUCAUGAGUAUCUUACCAGCGUGGAUAUUCAAGAGAAGUGCUGAAAAUAUGCUUAACAAACGAUUUGACCAUGAAAAAUAUGGAUUGAAGCCAAAGCAUCCACCAUUUUCGUAAGCGAGAACACUUCAAUCUUCUCUCGAAGUAACACAUUUUCAGGGCUCAUCCGACGGCAAAUGAUGAACUUCCAAAUCGAAUUGCGAACGGGACAGUUCGAAUCAAGAAAAGUGGAAUCAGAGAGUUCACAGAGAAUGGAAUAAUAUUUGAAAAUGGAUCAAAAGUGGAUAAUAUCGAUGAAGUUAUUCUUGCAACUGGAUAUUCAUUCAAUUUCAAUAUUGUUGAAGAUGGAAAUCUGAUUCCAGUCAUUGAAAAUCGAUUGGAUGCUUAUAAAUAUAUUUAUCCAAUUCAAUUAUCAGAUCAUAAUUCUUUGGGAUUAAUCGGACUCGUUCAACCUCUGGGAUCAAUUAUGCCAGUUUCAGAAAUGCAAGCGAGAGUUUUCCUGGGACAUUGGGCUGGAAGUUUGAAACUUCCAAAUCGUGAAACCAUGAUAAACGAUAUAAAAACCAAACAAAUAUUGAUGUCAAAAAGAUAUGUGGAAUCAAGAAGACAUACUGUGCAAGUAGAUUUUGCCCCAUAUAUGACUGAACUUGCGACAAUGAUUAAUGCAAAUCCAAAUAUGUUAUAUUUAUGGUUGACAGAUCCGAGAUUAGCAUAUUAUGUGCUUUUCGGACCAUGCGUUUCUUAUAUUUUCAGAUUGACAGGUUCGAAUAUUUGGAGAGGAGCUAGAGAUGCUAUUUUUAAUGUUGAUUAUAGAGUCAGAAUGGUGAGGAAUUUUGGUUGAUAUUCCAAAAAAUCUCAACUUUUUGCAGGCCACAAGCAUCGAGGAUUCGGACAACAAAAAACAACAAUAA